AUGGCCCCCUUCACCAUCAGAACUUGCCCCUACAUCCCCCCGUGCAUGGCUCCUCCACCUGACUGCGGGUUCAGAGAUGGUCCUUUCGAAGCUCUGCCUGGAAUUGGCUCUCUAGACCGAGGAGAGGAGACAGUCACCGAUAAGGAUAUCUCCGACCGAACUGGGAACUGGCGUGGCAUCACCGUCCACGAUCUCGUCAUUGCGUAUAAACGAGGCGCCAUCAUCGAGGACAAGCUCAACGUCAACGUCCGCGCCGCCGCCGCCGCCGCCGCCGCCGGUGUUGUUAGGAUUCCUGUUUGCUCGUACGAGACGGCAUGGAAGAACUGGGAGACCUCGCCGGAGAAAAGGGGAGAGAUGUACCCGUGCGACGACCUUUAG